AAAAUGAACGAAGAGCUGGAGAACAACUUCACUCAGCUGUACGACAACUGGACGCUGUACAACUCCUCGGCGGAGGCGCUCAUCCCCCGGAGCAACGUCACCUACGUGGGAUUCUACCUGCACCAGCCGUCCACGGCGGCCAUCUUCAUCGUGUCCUACCUGCUCAUCUUCCUGGUGUGCAUGGUGGGCAACGGGGUGGUGUGCUUCAUCGUGCUGCGCAGCAAGAACAUGCGCACCGUCACCAACCUGUUCAUCCUCAACCUGGCCAUCAGCGACCUGCUGGUGGGCAUUUUCUGCAUGCCCACCACGCUGCUUGACAACAUAAUCACAGGAUGGCCUUUUGGAAGCCUGGUCUGCAAAAUGAGCGGCAUGGUUCAGGGGAUCUCCGUGUCGGCUUCCGUCUUCACACUGGUCGCCAUCGCGGUUGACAGAUUCAGAUGCAUUGUCUACCCAUUCAAGCAAAAGCUGACCAUAUCCACGGCCACCUUGAUAAUCGUCAUCAUCUGGGUCCUGGCCAUCUCCAUCAUGUGCCCCUCUGGAGUCAUGCUACAAGUCACCAAGGAGCAAACCAUCCGCGUGCUGCUGGGCUACGACAACAAAACCAGCCCCUUUUACUGGUGCAGGGAGAACUGGCCCAACCAGGAGAUGAGGAAGAUUUACACCACGGUCCUCUUCGCCAACAUCUACCUUGCCCCGCUUUCCCUCAUCGUCAUCAUGUACGCCCGCAUCGGCAUCACGCUUUUCAAAACGGCCGUGCCGACCGGAGGGAAGCCGGGCCACGACAGCCGGCACACUGUGUCCAAGAAAAAACAGAGGGUGAUCAAGAUGCUUCUCAUAGUGGCGCUGCUCUUCAUCCUGUCCUGGCUGCCGCUGUGGACUCUCAUGAUGCUGAGUGACUACGCCAGCCUGACAGAGCAGCAGUACAGGAUCAUCAACAUCUACAUCUACCCCUUCGCCCACUGGCUGGCCUUCUUCAACAGCAGCGUCAACCCCAUCAUCUACGGCUUCUUCAACGAGAAUUUCCGCCGAGGGUUUCAGGCCGUGUUCAAGUUCAGCCUGUGCACGGCGGACGGCCAGCGGAGGAAAACGUACUCGCACAGACUGCAGGGAAACUCUGUGCUUCCAGCUAAUAACGUGCAAACCUCCCUGGAGCCCAUCUCCCUCAACAGCCUGGAUAAGACCACUUCCAGGCGGCUCAACCACGUGGCGGAGCACGACCUGGUCAUGGAGGACUUGGAAAAGGGGUCGGGCAGCAGUGGCGGCGUGACCGCCGUGUCUAUUUGAAGACAUGCCUGGACUCACUCAUGAAGCUGAU